UCGGGCUUGUUCAAUGGUGGCGUCGGAGCUGAGCUGGACUGGUCAGGAUGAUCACGGACGUGCAGCUCGCCAUCUUCGCCAACAUGCUGGGCGUGUCGCUCUUCUUGCUUGUCGUUCUCUAUCACUAUGUGGCCGUCAACAAUCCCAAGAAGCAGGAAUGAAAGUGGCGCUUUCUCCGCCCCAGGGUUCCAGGACAUAGUCUGACGCAAGAUGGAAGGUAUGAGGGGCCUUCACACUUCACUUCAUCGCUUCUACCCAUCACAACAUACAAAGCAACUACACCUGGAUUUUUCC